AUGCCAACCACCGAAAUCGACGACAUCUUCUCAGGAAAACUCCCCAAACUCGCUGAUUCUACCUCAAAGACAAAGGGAAAGGAGAAGGAGAAGGCCAAAGAAGAACGUACUGAUAUUGAUGUCUCAACUGGCUCGGCCAAGAAAAAGGCGAAGAAGCGAAAACGCGAGCUGGAACGAAAUGGACUUGAUGCGGUCGAUACACUCGACACUGCAACGGCGUCGACGAAAUCAACAAUGAAAUCAAAUUCCAGAGAUAAGGAGGAUGGUACGGGAGCUGUCGAGGAGAAGAAAAAACCAAAACGCUCACGAAUCGUCGAGACAGUACAAGACCCUUCCACCACUCUCCCAUCCACCACCAUCCCACCGCCUACGUCAACCAAGCCGUCGAAACUCAAAGAAAAGUUAAGAUCGAAGAACAAACCAUUGGAGGAGGAGAAGAAAAUGGACGAAGUGUUGGAAAGGUUUAAAGAUUCACGAGGCACAGGUCCACGUAAAAGGACAGAAGAAGGCUUCCUAGUAUACAAGGAAGAUGAACUUGGAAUUCGCGAUGCUGGUGGACAUACUUCGUUAUGUCCUUUCGACUGUGACUGCUGUUUCUGAGACUUUCAACCUCUCGCAUGCGUGCAUGCAUUGCUGUACCACAACUCUCUCCCUAUCUUCACAUACCGGGAGACCAAUAAAUACGUUCAGAUUAUAACCUCUGCAUAGAUAUAAGACGUUGUAUUUUUAGUAUUUCAUCAACGAUUCAUCAUCCCCGCCAACAAUCCGCCAUCGAUGCCAACAACUACUUCAUUCACC